UUUUAUAUUUGAAUAUUAAAUUAAUAUAUAUAUAUAUUUUAAAUAUUACAUUUACUUAGCGUUACACAGUCACUGUUCAGAUCUAGAUUCUAGAGUCACUAGAGACUAAUCAUCAACUUGAUCAAGGAUUUUAAAUUUAAUUUAAUGAUUUAGAUCUAGACAUCACUAAUAUCAGUAUCAGACUAUGGUAGAGUUAAAUGUUUAAGCAAUAAAUGCAUUGUUAUCCGGUCAUAUCCGGCCCCGGCCGGAUAUCAAAAAGUACUAUCCGGUGCACCCCUAGUGUAUAUUGUCACGAGUCGAGUCUGUGACCUAUUUCGACCAGUUUCUAGAAGCUCGAGUUCAAAUCAGUGCAAGUGUCCAGCGUAAACAAGUUAAUUUUAGGUAUCCAAUCAAAGAAAGGGGUUAAGGAAAAAAAUAGCACACGUCAGCUUCUAGAAGGUCAAAGUUACUAAAAUAAUUAUCUGAGAAGGUUCCAUUAUUCUGGAACGUACGAUCAAAGAAAGUAUAAAUAAGGGGAAAGUCAGUUAGACGGGGUCCUCGCAUAGUAGUAGUUCUUGUAGAGCGAUGGUCCUCGCUCAGUUCUUGAUUAGUAAUAAGUUUUGUGAUAUUAGCGGGUCCAUUAAGUAAAGUUUUAGUAGUUGAAGUUGAAGUUAUACUAAGUGAAGUUUUAUGUAUCUUUAAGUUUUAUUUAUGAAGUGUCAAGUUGUUAUUGAAUUAAGAAGUUAAUUUGAUGUGAAAGUUGAAGAAGUUAUUAAAGAAGUUUGAAGAAAAUACAGAGAGAUGUUUCUUUCUUCAUUUCAUAUGAAUUCAUCAACUUAUUAAUACAAUCCUUCGGGCAAGUUCGUCACAUAUUAUUACACCUCCGAUAAAUAAGGCAAGGCAUCGAUGAAUACAGGCAUCAACCAAUAAAGGCGAUAUCGAAGAAUACAUACGUCACAUAUAUUGGCACCUCAUGACGAAAAAAGGCAUCUAUAAAUAAAGGCACCAACGAAGACAAGCAUCACAUACUGCAUUUUCAAAGAAUAAAGUCGGCACAUUCUAGCAAGUACUACGAAUUUAAAAGGAAAAGCCUCUAACAAAUAAAUCAUAGCCUCUCGUAACGACAAAGCUUCAACUAAGCAUUACAAGAAAAGCCUCUUUCAGAAAACUUCAACAAGACGUACAUUCAUUGCUACGAAAAGUAUUUUAUGAUUGAAAUUUCCAGUCAACAGGUUACAUAAUAGUUGACAUAGAGGACGUCCUGCAAGACAGAUCAUCUGUUUUAAGGUCAGUACCUUACAUUUUAUAUUUACUAAGCUGUGAAAGCUACAUUUACUAAGCUGUGAAAGCUACAUUUACUAAGCUGUGAAAGCUACAUUUACUAAGCUGUGAAAGCUAUAUUUACUAAGCUGUGAAAGCUACAUUUACUAAGCUGUGAAAGCUACAUUUACUAAGCUGUGAAAGCUACAUUUACUAAGCUGUGAAAGCUACAUUUACUAAGCUGUGAAAGCUACAUUUACUAAGCUGUGAAAGCUACAUUUACUAAGCUGUGAAGGCAACGUUACUAAAGCUAGUUGUACACUAGUUUGUUUACAAAUAAUGACCACUUGCAUUCCCCAAGAGGAGACACCAAUCGAUAUUUAACUAGGUCAGCCAUAGUUAACCUCUCACCUGUGGACAGGUGUCGGUCAUCGCUAGUGUAGGCAGUACUUAUAAAUACUACAGUUAUUAAGCUAUUACAAUGGCAUUAGUCUCGUACUUGUGGAAAGCAUACAUCAAAGUAGCCGCUUACGGUAACAUGCCACAAGAAAGAAUGGAGGAAUGGUGCACUCAAAAAGUAAAUUAUGAUAUACAAAAACGUAAGGCAGAAGAAAGAAGACGUAAAGAAGAAAAAGAGGCAGAAGAAAGAAGAUUUAGAGAAGACAAAGAGGUAGAAGAAAGAAGACGUAGAGAAGACAAAGAGGUAGAAGAAAGAAGACGUAGAGAAGACAAAGAGGUAGAAGAACGAAGACGUAAAGAAGACAAAGAGGUAGAAGAAAGAAGACGUAAAGAAGACAAAGAAGCACAAGAAAGAAAAAGAAUUAGAGAAGAAAAAAGAAGACAAGAAGACAAAGAGGCAGAAGAAAGAAAAAGGAUUAGAGAAGAAAAAAGAAGACAAGAAGAAAAAGAGGCAGAAGAAAGAAAAAUGCCUAGAGACGACAAAAGAAGACAAGUAGACAUAGAGGCAGAAGAGAAGAAACGCAAAGAAGAAAAAGAAGAAGAAGAAAGAAAACUUAAAGCAAAAGAAGAAGAAGAAGAAAGGAAACUUAAAGAAAUACAAGAAGAAGAAGAAGAAAGAAAACUUAAAGAAAGAAAAGAAGAAGAAGAAAGGAAACUUAAAGAAAUACAAGAAGAAGAAGAAAGAAAACUUAAAGAAAUACAAGAAGAAGAAGAAAGAAAACUUAAAGAAAUACAAGAAGAAGAAGAAAGAAAACUUAAAGAAAUACAAGAAGAAGAAGAAAGAAAACUUAAAGCACGAAAAGAAGAAGAAGAAAGGAAACUUAAAGAAAUAAAAGAAACAGAAAAUGAAACUGAAGAAAAAGAAACAAACAUUACUGAAGGACCUUACAUUGUUUAUGAGUACAAUAAGAAUACUACUGAACUUCAACUAUUUAAUAAUGAAGAAUUUAAAGCUGACCAGAAGAAAGAUACAACUUUGGCCAGAAUGUACAAGAAGGCGCAAACAAAUGUAAAGCAACCAGGACUUAAUGUACCUUAUUUCAAAGAAGGAAUACUUGUGAAGAAAAGUGUUAAUUAUGAUACCUAUGAGUUUGUUGAACAUAUCAUUUUACCACUGAAAUAUACACAAGACAUCAUUGAAAAGAAUCACAAUUUUUUACAUACCAAACUAGCGAGUGUGACGAGGACAAAGAAAAGAAUUCUUGACAAAUUUUAUUGGCCGAGCAUUACAAAAGAUGUUAAGAAACAUGUAAGUCAAUGUCAAGUUUGUCAAAUGAACAAUUCUAAGAGAAACCAAGUUCAUGAGCAGAAUAUGAAAGUUGAUACAAAUAUUACAGUCAUAGAGCCAUGUGAAAAAACUCAUGAAACUAAAGUCAACAUUGAAAAUGAAAGAGCAUUAAAUGAAUACAGAAAGCUUAGAAAUUUUGAACAAGGAGACAAAGUGAAGUUAUGGUUACCUGACAUGAGCAACAAGCUGAUUUAUACAUUGCAAGGUCCAUUUCCUAUCAUCAGAAAGAUUUCAAACGUAACUUAUGAAAUCAACAUUAACAAAUAUAUCAAGGUGUUUCAUGUUCAUAUGCUUGAAAAAUACAACGAGACUACAGAUAAAGAAAACUUAUCAACAGAACUAGAAGAAAGUGUUACAUGCUUAGAAACAAUUCAAGAGGAAAAUGAAGACAAUAUAAGUGAACCAUUACCAACGACAUCAAAACAAAUUGAAUCUAUCAAAGACAUUGACAUAGAUCAUUUAAAGAUGAAAAGUAUGAAAGACAUAUUGAAUGUAAGUGAAGGAUAUUCUGAGAUAUUUCAUGAUGUUCCUGACAUAUCAACAUUUAUAGACAAUGUGAUUGACUUAAAAACUGACAUACUUGCCAACUCAAAUGUUCAUUCUCUAACUUCGCACAAUAGAGAUUUACUGCAGAAAGACUUAAAGGAUUUAUUAGAACAAUGCAUACAUGAACAUUCAAACUCAACGUUUUCUACUUCAAUCGUUUUACAACGUAAACUGUCACUAAAAGAAAGAUUUAGUGUCGAUUUUGGACAGUUCUUAUUUGAACAUAUGAAAAGCAAAGAAUAUUAUAAGGACAAUAGUUGUAUGUUGCUUAAAGCUAGAAUGAAACGUAUUCAUGAACUGAGAGACAUUUUGUACCAAUUGAAACAACGUACAUUUGUAGCUAAACUAAGCAAGUUUGUAUUGAAACCAAAAGUGACAUUUUUCAACAGCAGAGUUGAACAAAACUCUCUGAAAACACAUGACAAUAUUGUUAAAUGUAUUUUGAACUAUAAAGAACCAAGAAAGAAGAAAUGUACGGAUAGACUAGAAUUGUUUCAAGUGCCCGAACAGAAGAAAUGUACAGACAGACUAGAAUUGUUUCAAGUACCUGGAAAGAAGGAAGUUGCAAAUUUAACAAGACUGUACAGCUGGGUCAAGAUUUAUUUUAAUACUUAUGUCAUGCAAUUGUUUAUUACUUAGUAUAUUUACAUUAAUACUGUUGUUAUAAGAGUUUUAGAAAUGAGUAAUUUGACAUUGUACAUGUUUAGAUUUCAUAUAUUGAAAAGUAAGUUAAUAUUCAGAUAUUCUGUAUUAGCAAGUAAUAUGAUGAGAUGACAUGUAUUUUUCAGUAUUGUGAAGUUGUAUACUUUUGAUAUUUUCUUGAGUUACAAAA